AUGAUAAACUUUAGCUUAAAUUGGUAGAAUAAUCCAAUUAAUAUUUAAACAUAUAAUAAAAUAUUAUAACAAUCAAUUAUUACAAAAUUUAUUUAUAAAUUCUAUAAUAAUGAGGAGUUGAUAUAAAUUCAACUUUCUUAACUCAAUCCAAAUUGUAAAUAAGCAAAUUAAUAACAUUUAAAUACCUUUUCAUAUCCUAACUAAAAUGCAUUAAGCUUUAUUAGAAGGAGCAAAAAAUAAUGUCAAUUAAUUUAUGUAUAAUAUGAAAUUUUAAGAAUUUAAUUUAAAUUACAGGGAAAAUUUGGAGAAUAAAUUCUAACAUUAAAUAAAUUCAAGCUUGUUUAAUAAAGAAAUAUAAUACUUAAAUAAAAUCAAACCUUUGAUACUCUGAAACUAGAAAAUCAAUCCAUUCUUUAGAACUAAAAGAAUUUUGGAUUCAAUAAUCAUAUAUUGAGAUUUUAUUAUUAUAUCAAUUAAAAAAAAUGA